AUGGGUGCAAAGGAGACGGACAAAAGCGUGCCUAGGCUGGCAGACCUGCCGCAGGGUCAGGACACAGUCUUGGCUCACGGCAGCAAUGCACAGAUGGAGGCAUUCCCAUUCCUUGGGAUGCUCUUUCUGUGCAGACGGGAGCACAAGUUUGUAGUGAGGGGCAAGGACGCCACCUUUGACAUCCUCUACCCGAGCGUCGGAGGAGCGUCCCCCUCCAGGCAGACGGCCCCGCUGGCAAAGCACCUCGAAUUGCCUGCAUUCAUGGUGCAUGCUUGUCUGGGCAUGCUGCAGCGCAUCCAGUGGGACCUGCUGUGUCAAGAGAGGGAUUGGGCGCUGCGCUUUGAGGAAGAGGCGACGACGGUUGAGCUCAAGGACCUCGUCUCUGCGGAAGCUCUGGCCAGCGCAACCGCUCUUGGCCUGGAGACCACGCUGCGCGACAUCACUGGCGAUGGACACUGCGGCUUCCGAGCAGUUGCCUUGCAAGUCCUUGGCAAGCAAAACCGCUGGCAACAGGUACGCCAAGACCUUUACCAGGUGGUGGCGCAAUUGGAGGCUUGGAAGGUGCUAGCGCCAGAGCUGCUUGCCCAGCCCACCAACACCAACUCUGCCAUUGAUCUCCUGCUCUGGGAUGGUGAUGCGGUGGAAAGGGAGGUGAGCUGGUUUCAGGCACAGCUGCAUGGGGCCCUAGCUGCCUUGGCAUACAAUGCCAUUGUGGUGGUGGUGGAUGUGGGGGAGAAGGAGGCUGCUGCCCACUUUAGUCCUGCGCUCCUUGAAGUGGACAUGGUGGAUGAGGUGAUUUGCCUGGUCAAGAUUGACCGGCACUUUUACUGUGGCAGCCUUCGACCUGGCAUCCACGCCAUCAAUUUGCCAAUCAACCCCUUCUUCUUGACACCACCAAAGACUUGGGAGCGUGUCAAGAGAAGAGACCCUGGCGCAGCCAUCAUGUUGGGAUUGUUGGAGGAGGAGCGCAAUUCACCUUAG